AUGUCUUACUUUCUUCCUCACUUGACUAACGGGUGGCAAGUUGACCAAGCCAUUCUGUCAGAAGAAGAUAGGGUGGUUGUGAUUAGGUUUGGACAUGAUUGGGAUCCGACGUGUAUGAAGAUGGACGAGACGUUGUAUGGUAUCGCUGAGAAGGUCAAGAAUUUUGCUGUCAUUUACUUGGCUGACAUUACUGAAGUACCCGAUUUUAAUAAAAUGUACGAACUUUAUGAUCCAUGCACUGUGAUGUUUUUCUUCCGCAACAAACACAUAAUGAUCGAUUUAGGAACAGGAAACAAUAACAAAAUCAAUUGGGCGCUUGAGGACAAACAAGAACUUAUAGACAUAAUUGAGACUGUUUAUCGGGGAGCACGAAAGGGGAGAGGUCUUGUUGUAUCCCCGAAGGACUAUUCUACGAAAUAUAAAUACUAA